AUGCAUGCAAAGGACGUGUUGCGAAACAAGGUGGAGCUCUUCUCGCAGAAUGAGGCGCCAACUCCGCCGUCGGCGAGGUCUGCGAAGGAGUUCGGGGUUGUCAUGGCGGCUCUUGGACGUCGGAAAGCCUGGCAGGAAAGCUUGGGUUUGUUGGUUCAGGCAGCCGGGGACAGCAUCAAACUCAACGUGAUCUUGCUCAACUCCGUGAUUUCCGCCUGCCAACGAGCUGCGAGGUGGCAGGCAGCACUCAGUUUGGCAGUUCAUGCCUUCGAGUGGUCACUUCAAGCAGACAUCGUCUCCUACAACUCGGCAGCAACAGCUUGCGCUGCUUGUGCUAGCAAAGUUCCUGCAUUGUCCUGGCAACUGGCCUUGGCCACUUUGAUGUGUGCUGAGAACAGCCUCCUGCAAACAGAUGCACGAAGCUUUACAGCCAUCAUGCAGGGAUGCACUCGGCUUGGGGACUGGCCGGCAUGCCUAGUUUUCCUUCGAUCUAUGAUGGGCAGGAAGCUAGAUGUCGAUGCAUUUGCAUGUGGAGCUGCAGUCUCGGCAUGUGACACGGCAGGGCAGUGGAAAUGGGCCUUGUACCUGCUGCAGUCGUUUGGGAUGAGUGCCGGGACCGGCAAGGCGGGUAAUUGGCAAGUGCCUGUCGCAACCGCAAUGACAACCUGCGGCCGUGCCAGCAAGUGGGAGUGUAGCUUGCAACUGUUGCAAGAUGUGGAGGCCUCUUGCACACCCAACGUGGUAGUGUUCAGUGCUGCCAUCAGUUCGGCCGAGAGAGGAUCAUUGUGGCAAGCGGCAUUGGGGAUCAUGAUCAGGAUGGGUGCAUCACUGAUUCUGCCAAAUGUCAUCGUUUACUCGACUGUUCUUGGUGGUCUGGAAAGAUCGGGAAAUUGGGAGAUGGUGUUUGACAUGCUUGCAGACAUGUUCCAUGCCUCUGUGGCACCGACAUCUGUCACAUACGACGUGCUUUUGCGGACUUGCCGGCAUGCGCUAGGGUGGCAGCAUGCUUUUCACAUUCUGUACUCAAUGAUGCCAGCCUCAAAGGUCACUCCGACCUCGAAAUCAAUCAAUGCGUUAUUGGGUGUUUUGGAAGCUGAGCUUCAAUGGCCGCUAUCCAUCCACAUGCUGAAUGCAAGUGCCAUGUGUGAUAUUGCAAGCUACAGCAUUGCUGCCAGUACCUGCGAGAAGAGCAGUGCAUGGCAAGCUGCGGUAGCGAUUUGUGCACGAGCAGAGAGUGUACACCUAAAACCUGACGAGGUCUUCCUGGGAGUUCUUAUUUCAGCGUGGGAGAAGGGCCGGGCCUGGCAAAUGGCCAUCUCUACCUUGAUGAUGAUUGUUGAGCAAGUGGUGCAGCCUAGUGAGAUUUCAUUUGCUGCUACAUUGCGUGCAUGCCAAUCCUCUGGAUGCUGGGAAGCGGCGCUAAGCCUUCUUUGCAUCGUGCCGAAUUCAGAUUGGAGCGAGAGUGGACUUCUGAACCCCGUCCUGGGAGCAUGUGCUUCAAGCCAUGAGUGGGAAAGGGCACUAUCCUUGUUUUCAACAGCAGGCGCCCUGCAAGCUGACGUGGUGACGCUCACAACGGUCAUGUCGGCUUGCGAAGCCGGCUUGAAGUGGCAAGAAGCGAUCGCCGUGCUUUUCGAGGCCGUAGGAGAAUCCGUGCUGCCAGAUCCCGACCCCACCGCCUUCAACGUGGCCAUCUCCAGCUGUUCCAAAGUGCAGAACUGGAGGGCGGCUCUGGCUGUGCUGAGCUCCUCAUUCUCAUCUUCUGAGCGUUCUUCGGGUCGUUUUCCGGAUGUGAUUUCCUACAACGCCGUCCUCGGCUCUUGCAAGCAAAAGGAGAGUUGGCGACAGGCACUCGCUUUAUUGCAGGACAUGUCACAUCGAAGCCUCGUGCCCGAUCUUACGACCUUUCACGGCAUGCUUGAAGCUUGUGCUUCUGGCCAAGCGUGGGAGCUGUCACUGCAUGUCCUUCACCAGCUGGGGUCCUUAAGACUUCCCACCGGAAUUGCCACGAACUUGGCCGCAUCCGCGUGCCAGCAAGCCACAGAGCACAACAGAGCAGGAGCUCUGCUGCAGUCUGUCCUCGAUGUUGCCUUGACAGGGUGUUCGGAUCCUGUCACUUUGAAGGCAGCACUGGACGUAGCCGAGGCUGGCUACUCUGGAAUUCAGGUCAUGCCGUGCCUGGAAGCUUUGACUAGAUGGGCCAAGGAUCAACUUGCAUCCGUCGUCCAGCAGCAACCGGGACAACUCAUGAGGCAAUCUUCUUCAGAUAUGCAAGAAUCAGGCCAGGCAGUGGUGGCAUCAGAAAUUCUGCAGUGGCAUGGUCAUGUUCCUGGGCAGUUUUGGGCCGAGUUUGUCAACGUUGUUGGAAAGCCAGCCGAACGCCAGUUGAGGUUGUUGUGCAACCCCGAGCUGCAGCGAGAUAGGAACCAGGCUAGAUUGCACGCUCCCACCCUUGAGCGGCAAUUCGGCUUGAGCCCGCUCUUUUCGCAAGAAGUUUUGCAUUGCCUCGGAAUGCGUGACCCGGAAUCGAUUGCGACGUGGCUUGGGUAUCCACGGACUGUGGCCCGAAGAUGCUCACAACACGUGUCCACAGCAGCUGAUCCAACAUCGAAGCACUUGGCUGCAUGGGCUUCAUGGACGUUGCUUCAUGAAUCUCCAAUAGCAUGCCGUUCUCGUUGUCAUGGGCAUGCGGUCUCGGACGAGGUAGUGCAGAUGCUGUGCCCCGUCCAGGUUCAGCAUGAUCGCAGACCUCACGCGGAACGACAGCUGCUGGAAGCUUUAGCAGCUACUUUACGACAUCGAAGCUUCAAAAGAUAG